UAUGAUUUCAUGCACUCACACUUCCGUACUCGGAGAUGGUGGCGCUGAACAGCAAUUGUAAACAAGCUCAUGAGUCAGAUCUUAUUUAGGCAAAAAUAACGUAGUAUAGGACGUUUGUUGAGUAUUAUCGGGUGGUCUCUGUGGAAUGAUUCCACCUGUGUGAAAGUAACCCAACUGCAUGUGCCAGUGAGUGACUGAGAGAUCUACUGCAUCUGUAAAGAUCUGUGUCUGUAGGCCCGGCAGCCAUGUCUCGGAAGCAGACAGGAAAGCCAGUGCGUGGCGGAAAUAGGAAGUGUGACGCGGAGCGGAAGCGGGAUGAGCGGUCUGCGCGCAGGGCAAUCGCAAAAGACCGUAAGAACCGGCCCCAGGACAGGGAUGAUGGAGAGGAGUUCGUCAGCUUCUCCAACCAGCUCCAUGCGCUGGGACUCAAACUGAGAGAGGUGCCUGGAGAUGGUAAUUGCCUGUUCCGGGCUCUGGGUGACCAGUUGGAGGGACACUCUCGGGGACACCUGCGCCUGCGCCAGGAGACUGUGCAGUACAUGAUGUCACACCGGCAGGACUUUGAGCCCUUUGUGGAGGAUGAUGUGCCCUUCGCACAGCAUUUGUCAAACCUCUCCCAGCCUGGCACUUUUGCUGGUAAUGAUGCCAUCGUGGCGUUCGCCCGCAGCCAACAGCUUAAAGUGGUCAUUCAUCAGCUCAACACCCCACUGUGGGAGAUAAAUGGCUCUGAGAAGCUGGUUGGCCGAGAGCUACAUAUUGCCUAUCGCUAUGGAGACCAUUACGACAGUGUAAGACCAUUCGGUGACAACUCUGAGAGCCCUGCUCAGCUGCGUAUAGAGAAUCUACAUAAUUCGAGUGGGCAGCGUGAGUUUGGUGACAGCCAGACAGACAGACCGCAAGCCCCCUCGCCCACCUCCUCAGAGGAGAACAAUGUGAUCCUAAAUUCCCUGAAGAACAUGGGCCCGAACUGUGAAGAGGAGAAUCUGUUCCUGCUGAGUGUCGCCACAAUCAACGCUGAGUGGCUGUUGGAUUCUGAGCUAUCAGCCCAAGUGUGUCACGGCCAGUGUGCCUCGGGAUCAUGCUCUGCGUGUAGAGAGGCAGCGACAGAAUGCAGUGAUCACAAACUUCCACCUGAUGGAGGCAACCUACACAAAUCCAAGGCUUCAAACAAGCAGAGGAAAGAGCAGCAGCACUUGGUGAAGAAAAAGCGACAAGAGGAAAGACAUCGACAGAAGGUUCUUCAGAGCAAAGGAACACCUGACCAGAACCUCUCGGAGCCGGUCACUCUAGUGCCAGCUCUAAAUACACUUAGUAUAUAGACAGAGCAUGGCCAAAUAAAGCAGCGGUUGACAAUGUUUUGCACACAGAAUCAAUCUCAAUCACAUUGGAUGACUUUCAUAUACCCUUUAGUUUCUUUGCAAAUGUAUAGUGCCUGCGAUAGGGUGUGUGUGAAUGUGUUCAGGGUUGUGGUUGACUAUGAGGAUGUUGGUUGGUGACCCAGGAUGGUGUACAUAGUUUCCUCUGUAGAGUCAAUACAGUGUGUCUCUUUCUAUGCUGGAGAAUGAGGGAUGAUGUUGACAUUGACCAUUCAGUACAUCUUGGCAUCUGAGUUCGUUUUGUGUUGAAUUUCUCUGAUUACAGCCAAAGAAGAAAGGAAAGGGAAGAGAGAGACAUCAUUGUAAACAGAAUGAAAUGUUUUGUGAACAAUACUGAAAUUGUUUAGGGGACUUGUAAUGAAUUUAUAUUUUAUCUGGUUAAUGGCAGUUCCAGUAUUAUUGAUCAGGUUUAAAGAAAUGUUAAUUUGGGAGAUUUGCUUAUGAAUGAUUGUGAAGCACUCUGUCUGGUAUGACAUGUAAUGUGGCAAUAAAUGAACAUCUUUACAGUA